CACCAAACCAAAUUGAUACUAAUUUAGAUAAGAAUAAAAGUAAUGAUAAAUUUCUAAAAAAGAAUAAAAAAAAAAAAUAUGUCCUAAGUGAUAGUAGUUAUAUAUCAGAUGAUGUUACUCUGAAUGAAAAAAAAAAUAAUUCAAAGGAGGAAGUAGACUUAACUUUAGCUAGUAUAUCAAAGAAAGAACAAAUAGAUAUUCUAGAUAUAGAUGAAAAAGAAUAUAAAUCAAGUUGCAAAAGUAAUGAUAUACAUAAAAGUCAUAACUAUGAUAAGUUUGAUGAUAUUGAUAAGAAUAGUAAAACUAUUAAUGUUAAUGAGGAUAAAGGAGAAGAAUAUGCAGAGAAGGAGGAAUUUGAUCCGGAGGAUGAAUAUGAAGAAGAUGAUUUAUAUGAAGAAGAAGUUUAUUAUAAUGAAGAAGAUGAUUUAUCUGAACAAGAAGAUGAUUAUAAUGAAGAAGAAGAUGAUUAUAAUGAAGAAGAUGAUGAUUAUAAUGAAGAAGAUGAUGAUUAUUAUGAUGAUACGGGAGAAUAUAUGGAAGAUUUUGUUGUAGAGGAUGAUAUAUUUUAUGAUGAAGAUAAUAUAAAAAAAAGAUUCAGAAAUAAGAAAAAAUCAAAUCAUCCACUUAAAUCUGAUGAAAAUGUAAAAGUAAAAUUAAUUGAAAAAAUUAAUGAUGGAUUUAUGAAUAAUCUUAUUAAAGGAGAAAUGUUAAAGGUAUACGAAUUUAUAAAGAAUGAAGAAAAGUUUAGUAAUUAUGAAUUCUUAAAAAUGAUUUGUAAAAUAAAUAAAAAGAAAUCUCAAAAUUAUUAUGAACAGUGUAUACAAAAAAUUGAAAAUAAAAUAUUAUCAAAAAGAGAUCAAUUUGAAUCACACCCAUUUCAAAAUAAUUUUAAAAAUAUUUUAAAAAAUUAUGCAAACAUAUUAAUAUUCUAUUUAGAACAUAAUAAAAUGUAUUGUUGUUGUUGUAAUAGAAAAUUAAGUUAUGCUUGUCCAGUUUUUUUUAUCAAACCAUUUUACAAUUCAACAGAUUUGUGGAAUAAUAAUUUUUAUAAUUUCAUGAAAGUAAAUAAUUUCGAAUGGUUAGGAUAUAUUUAUUUCAGUGGAACAAGUAGAAGUUCUCUUGAAAUUUUAAGUGACUAUAAACUUGAUGAAAACAAGAUGAAAAAGAUAAAAGAAUCUAACAAAUUAUUUAUAAAAAACCAAAAUGAAAAAAGAAAGAAAACAUUAUUAGGAAGUAAUAGUUCUAAUGUAAAUACAUGUACAAUAAUGAACAGUGAAGAGUAUAUAUUUAAUCAUCUAAAAGAAUUUGAAGAAAUGAAUGGAUAUAGAUAUAUUGGAAGUAUAGAUGAUAAGCGUUUAAAAAAGAGAAAAAGAAGCUUUAAAUAUAAUUAUGAUUUCCAUUCAAAAGGAGGGGAAAUAUAUAAUGAGAGUUCAUUAAAUUUGGUAAUGAAAGAUAUUUGUGAUAAAUUUUGUUAUUCAUCAGAGAAUUAUAUAGAAAAGGAUAUUUUAGUAUUACAAUUGGGUUCUUAUUGUGUUUCCACUGUAUACUAUUGGCACGUGUUUCAUCAUUAUAAAUUUUUUUUUGUGAAAUAUAUUUAUAUGAAAUUAUUUGACGUAUAUAGCAAAAAUAAAGAUAUAUUUAAAGAACCUUUAAUUUUAGCAUAUAUCCUAUCCAAAAAAUUACAUAAGCAGUUAUAUAGAGAUUUUAAAAUACUAAUGAACAUAGAUAUUUCACAAAUUCAAAAUAAAUUAAAUGAAUGUGAUUUAUUUAUAAAAUGA